AUGCAUUCGUCGUUCUUCAAUUACUCAAUCAUCCGUCCAUAUCCAUACAAAUGGUUCACUCCGGUUGCCAUCGUGGGCCUGUUGGUCCUCGCGGUACUGCUGUCCGUCCUCAAUUUCGUGCAGAAUAGCUACACGCUCGUCGUGCAGUACUCCAACGAUCCCAACAGCACCAUCCGAGAAGGCAUCUGGUUCAACCAUUGGCCUUCAUAUCUGACAAGCAGCGUUCGCCCGACAUGCCAGCCUGCGAACCUGCCGGUAAAUUCCCUGGUCUUUACCAAUCAAAGUGGCCUAGCAUGGACAAUCACCAGCAUAUACCAGAAUGACGAGAGCACGGUUGCUUUGCCGUCACUCCCGUACAUGAACAACAUAAUAUCGGGAUGUGUCAUCCCGAUGGUUCAAAUGGAGCUGGACGGCUCGCAAGACCAGGACGUCAGCAAUCUGGAACACACGCAAUGGAACGUGCAGGUUCGAGCAUUCAUCACCUGCCACAUAUAUGGUCCCAUUGGACCCAUGAUGUUUAAUGCAACAGCCCUGUACGACGGGAUUGCACCAUACACCAUUCCAGGAAGCACAGUCUUCGUCGCCAGAGAUCCAAUAGCUCGAUCUGCCAUGUUCUGGGCCGAAUCGUUAUUGUCGGCCUACUGGACGCAACUAUCGACGACUACCUGGACCGUCGCCGAAGCAAUGAAACCAACCAUUAGCAAAGGGGUGGUCACCUUGACGCCAAGCGGAAAUAAUAACAUCACCAGCCUUGACUUCUUCGAAAUGACCUAUUAUUUCCUCACGCCAUCAGCAUCGUCCGGGAUGUACUUUGGUGGCGCCAGCGACCCCCCUCAGACCCUUGGGCAUAUGAUCCAGCUAGGUGAUAGUGCUCAAGCCAAACCGCCCAUCUGGCAGCCCGUCGACAGCCUUGCAAAGUCAAUGUACUCGGCCGUCCUGGCGGAUCUCGGGCAAACGUUCGCCCCUCCCGAGUCAAACAUCUUGAGCACCGCUGAAAGGCUCCAAUCUUUCACGGCCGACUUUCACGAAAUCGAACAAAAUUCCACCGUCUAUUUUUUCUCCCAGUUGGAAUCCGAGAGCUAUGACGCGAGGCAAGCCGGCCCCAAUCCGACAGGACCGCUGGAUCUUACGGCCUCGGUCAUCGCCACCAACUACCUUUGUCAGGUGCCCCAACGCAAGCCGCUUGGCGAUAUAGUUAUUGCAGUGCUCCUCGCCGAUCUGGUCCUCCUCCAAGCGGCGUGGAAGCUGUACACCUUUGCUGUCCGUUCCGCGCUGUUUCAGAAGCAUCCCAGCGCCAAGCGCUGCUUGGGCUGUCUGGACGAGACGCCGAGCCUUGAGAGUCCUCGUGAGAGCGAUCACUCGGCCACCAAGCGCUCCUUGAAGAGUUGCGUGGUAGUAUCGACAUUGCCAUCUACACAUAGCGAGCGAAGGGCAAGUCAGGUUGGCGGACGCAGAUGGAAAUGGAACGUGUUUGCGCGCGCGGACUGA